GGACCACCCCAACACGGUUUGUGGAGCGCUGAGCCAAGUGCUGUGCGGGCGUUGUCUCUUGUAUCUCGUGUACGUAGCACUCGAGCUCAGCAAGUAGGUGCAGCUGGUGAGUCAGUGUGGCCGUAAGCUAUUCCAGACAAGGUAGUUGCUGCAAGUACGUGACGACGACGACGAGGUGAGACGUGCGCCGGAGAACACUUCCUCUGCAGAGCGCAGCGAUGUGCGCAAUGCAGGCGGAGACCUCCGCGUCUACAUCAGGACCACAGGAAGAAGAGCCCGUCGACGAGUCCGAGAGCGUUCCGGGCAUUCACAAGCUGCCCAACGAGAUCCUUCAUAAGAUCUUCAGCUACGUAACCGACGGACGCACCCUCCUCAAAGUCAUCCCGGCCGUUUGUCGUCGCUGGAAGAAGGCGGUGUCUGAUCGCGCCGCCUGGCACGGCGUGUCGGUUGCGGUGCAAGCCAACCGAUGGAAUCCGUCCAUUGAGAGGGCGAUCCUCAAAAGAGCGCCAGCCGUUCGAAGUCUGCACGUCAGCCUCACCGACCCACCUCCACUACCAGGCACCCGACGCAACGACCGUUUUCUGUGUGCUUUAAGGGGACUCAUUGUGUUUGAAGAACUGUCCAUUGAACGUGUGCCUCCGGUAUGGCUGCGAAAGGCGUACUUGCAGUUAGUAUGGCGAAGCAGACACCACCUGAAACGGCUGGACAUGGCUUUGGACAGUACGACGAAAACUAACAGGGGUCAUAGCUCUUUGCAUGUGCUUUCUCAAGUGCCCAACCUCGAGGAUUUGACUUUAUAUGUGGAAGAUGACUUCGUGUACGAAGUGGGGAAACUGCAGCAAUGUUUUCCGAAUCUGAAAUCAAUCCACGUGAAGGAGGACGUGAUAACUCCCAAGCAGCAUGAUCUGGUCAAAGACCUGUUGGUAGGCAGCCUUGUCUGUGCCAAAUUUUAUCCAAGCCCCUCAGCCAGACCAGACCUUCUCACAGCUCUGGCAAUGUGCCGAGGUCUGGCGCACUUGUCCGUGCAGUCGGGCUUUGCUCCUGUCUUUCGGAGUCUGCCAGCUCUAACAAGCAUCUAUAUCUAUCACACCGUUGAGUCUCCAGCUGAGAUAAAUCUCCUUUGGCGGGUAAUUGAAUCCUUGUACACGCCAACAGUACACAAAGUGCACGUAGUGGUUUGGUGCAAUUUCUUUGGUGAGUCGGCAUUCACCCUUGGCGGUGAGUGCAGGAAGGGAGUAGAGGCCAUGAGAGAAAAAGGUUUCUGUGGCAAGAUAUCGUACCAGAUAUCCUUGGUGAAAACGCACACCGGUGCACGCUUACUAACUUACGCUACACUAUAAGUGUGUAAGGGUGUGAGCAAUUUCGUUUGUUACACGAAGAAAUAGUUCGUAAAUUGCGAAGUGUUUUCUCUGUAAGCAUAUGUUUCCUGCCAAAUACUUCUUUGUAUAAGCUUACUUUUCUCGGAAGGCUUAAUAGUUUCCGAGGUUUGGAGUGUGUGGGAGCUAGGAGAGGACACCUCCAGAGACCCCAAUUUCUGGCUGGUUCCGUGUUUGUGAAAGAAAUGUUAUUUUGCACAAAGUAAGAUGCGUGAUGUCGGUAUAGAGUACGCUUGUCUGUCCGGGCGAGGACUGUCCGAGCUGCGUACCCAAGUGUAGGACGAGUACAUACUUACUGGGGGAGACCACACGUCCUUCACCAGGACGUGUCGACCAGACAUGUCCACGCUUGCAAGCCUUGCUAGUUUCCAUCCCUCCACCUCGUACGCUUCAAUGCGUAGGACACAGCUUGUCCGCCGAUCGGGAAAUAUUGGUUUAUCAUGGUUUCAAGGGUAAGACGCAGUGCCUUGGCAGUGCAGGACUAGGGGUCGGUCGAUACAGGCAGGCGUUGGAAAGUCUAGUCGAAACCUGCAAGUGCAGGAGAUUACGGUCUACGUCUACAAGAGUAAACUUUUCCUGCACUUUAGCAAGGUACUUUUGGAAUCGGGGGGACAAGACGAAGUCAGUAGUAGGGCCGGUUUCAAGUGAAUCAGAGAACUUUGGAACCAGGUUUAAAUCCCAAAGUGCACAUGGCGACCAACAUUUUUACUUUGAGUUCCAAAUAUACAUUAAGAUUUAAUCAUGACCAAAUUAUAUUCCAUGUCAAAACUAAUAUAGACUUGUCAGUGAGUGACCAAGGCACUCAUUUUUCAUUUCAUUUGGUACAGUGUAAAAUUCAAUUUUAAUUCUUGAAAUCAACGCCUCCUCUUCAAGUCCGAAGGUCAGACCUCCUGCCACUCCAGAGGAAAGGCAAAAUAUUAACAAGUUUUGGCAAUUCCUUGCCAAAACUUGGUCCGACGGAAAUGUCUCACCUCAAAGUGGGGAGACUUUUGUCACGCCACAAUGACGUCAAAAGUUUCAACCUGCGCUGUGGUCAGAAAAAAGGUGUGUUCAAAAUAAGGUCUCACCUGCCAAACAAUUUAUGAUAACUACAAAAGUAACUUUAAGUAUCGUGUUUGUAUGAAGUGAGGUGUUUUACAAUGUUUUCCUUAGACCCACCAUCCUACAAAUCUGCAGUGACAGUCUUAUUUUCAUGUUUAGUUAGUAUAUCGACUGAAAUCGUAUAUACGUACGAGAUAUUGAUUAUUUAAUCUUUAUAUAUUGAUAUUUAAUAUUGAUUAUUUAUGUACGUCUUUAAUGUUAAGUUCAAGUAACCUCAAAAGCUCAGGUCAUGCAGCCAGGGUUAUUGCAGGUCUAAAGUUAAAUCCAUAAAUUUUAAUCAUAAAAGUUGUGUUAGUUUAUCAUAAGAUCCAACUCUUACUUUUACUCCUCUGCAGCAUUUCGAUGUAGCAAUCCAGUGUCAAGUACAUGUAUGUUUGUUUACUGUGGUGAGGCCAUUAAUUUGUGAGUUAUUUGUGUUGCUUUAAAAAUGAUAGGGUGUGAUGUAUGUUUUUUGUCAGCUGAUGUAUGCUGAAAAUACUUUAUCAAAACAAGCUGCUUUUCUUUUCUUUAAAAAGGCUGCAAGGUUUUCAUAGUGCAAGAUAUGUAUGUCGGCGGCAGCGGCCGGCUGGGAAAUUGUGCAGCACCUCUCGUUCCAGGAGCUUGACAUAUCGGUGUGACUGGAGCACGUGACAAAAUGUGACGCUCCUUUGAGCGUUGUGUCACACUCGUUGGAACGCGAGUGAGCUAUUUUAUGGCUGAUUCACGUCCGAACAAAUGUGAAUGGGCCAUUAAAUGGCUCAUUCGCAUUGCAACGGGCGUAACGCAAAGAAGCUCCUUUCAACGUGCUGGCGCUGGCACGCUUCUGGAAUGCGAGCGGCCAAGUGCCUGGAGUAGGAAAUUUCUCUUUCCUUUUUUUCCUUUCCCUCUUCUUUCCUUCUGUAAUAUUUCAUCUCUACGGUUAGGGCGUAGAGAAAAGCAGAGUCAUUUCUUCCCGCGCCUUAUAAACUAUGGCGUGUCUUGCUUUUUUUGUGCUUGAUCAAAUUCACUGUUCAAAUUUGUAUCAUUGCCAGGGGUCAAAAGUUCACGAAUAUCAAAAGUGACAAAUAGUGUACUAAUAUCUUUGCUCAAUGGUUUGUCAAUAUUAGUGUUCAAUUUUGUAUCAAUAUAAGUGUUCAGUGGUUUAUCAGUACGAGUACUGAAUAGCUGUGUUUAAUGGUCUAUCAGCAUGAGUGUUCUAUGGUGUCUCAAUGUCUUUCUUGACUUGUUUAUCAAAAUGAGUGUUCAAUGUUGUUUGGAUAUUUGUAGUAAAUGAAGUAUCAAUAUCUGUACUCGAUGGUUCCUCAAUAUCAGUCUUGAAUGUUGUAUCAAUAAGUGUUUGAAUGUUGUAUCAAUAUAAGUGUUCAAUGGUUUAUCAGUGCAAGUAAUUAAUUGUGUAUAAGUUGCUGUGUUUAAGAGUCUUUCAGCAUGAGUGUUGAAUGUUGUUUGAAUAUUUGUAGUCAUUGGUGUAUCAAUAUCUAGCUCAAUGGUUCAUCAAUAUCAGUGUUAAAUGUUGUAUCAAUGUGAGUGUACAAUGGUUUAUCAGUGCAAGUACUGAAUUGUGUAUGAAAAGAUGUGUUAACUGGUCUAUCAGUAUGAGUGUUCAAUGGUGUAUCAAUGCUCAAUGGUUUAUCAAUAUCAGUGUUGAAUGUUGUAUCAAUAUAAGUGAUCAGAGGUUUAUCAGUAUCAGUGUUGAAUGUUGUAUCAAUAUUAGUGUUCAGUGGUAUAUCAAUAUCAGUGUUAAAUGUUCUAACAGUAUCUGUGUUGAAUUGUUAUCAUUACAAGUGCUUAAUUGUAAUAUCGGUAUCCAAUGGCCCAUCAGUAUCAGUGUUUAAUAGAGUAUCAAUUUCUGUGUUUUAUGAUUUAUCAAUAUCAGUGUUCAAUUGUGUAUCAAUAUCAAGGUUCAGUGAGUUUUCAAUACCGGUGUUCUAUUUUCAAUCAAUAUCAUUUUUCAAUGGUUUAUUAUUAUUUUUGUUUUAUGGUUUAUCAGUAUAUGUGUACAAGAGUGCACGAAUGUCAAAGUAUGGUGGUGUAUCAGUAUCA